UUUUUUUCUCGUAGGGUUACCAGGCAGAGUUCUUUCAUACUGUCCAGCCUAAAAAAAAAAAAUCUAGAACAGCGUUCGUCCUAUGAAAAAAAUAUCGAAGGCGUGUCACUAGGCAGUUUGUUAUCCACCGGCCAAUCAAAAUAUUGUUGGCCUACAAGGAUGCAGGGAGCUGGAAGUAACCGAGGGGAGAGCGACUGAGUCCUGGGGAAGCGAGUCACGGAGAAGCCGUGAAAAACAUCAACAACAACAAAAUGCCGAAUAAAACUAAAAAAGAAAAGGAGCCAACAAAAUCUGCUAAAAGCAGCACUAAAAACAGCAGUGGAGGAAAGGACGCAGCUCCAGAGAACUCAGAAGAGGCACAACAGCAGCUACAGACUGCAAGCAAGCGCCCCAGCAACAGCACCCCGCCUCCUACUCAGCUGAAUAAAAUCAAAUACUCUGGGGGACCACAGAUUGUAAAGAAGGAAAGGCGCCAGAGCUCAUCCCGCUUCAACCUCAGCAAAAACCGGGAGCUGCAAAAACUGCCUGCUCUCAAAGAUGCACCUUCUAACGAGAGGGAAGAGCUCUUCAUCCAGAAGCUGCGGCAGUGCUGCGUGCUCUUUGACUUUGUCACAGACCCCCUCAGUGACUUGAAGUACAAGGAGGUGAAGCGAGCUGGUCUCAAUGAGAUGGUGGAGUACAUCACACAUAACCGGGAUGUCGUCACUGAGUCCAUCUACCCAGAGGGGGUCAUCAUGUUUUCAGUGAACCUAUUCAGGACCCUGCCUCCUUCAUCUAACCCAACAGGGGCUGAAUUUGAUCCAGAGGAGGAUGAACCAACACUGGAAGCAGCCUGGCCUCACCUACAGCUCGUAUAUGAGUUUUUCCUACGAUUCUUGGAAUCUCCAGAUUUUCAACCAAAUAUAGCGAAAAAAUACAUUGACCAGAAGUUUGUAUUGUCUCUGCUGGAAUUAUUUGAUAGUGAAGACCCCAGGGAAAGGGAUUUCCUGAAGACUAUUCUACACAGGAUCUACGGCAAGUUCCUGGGCCUGAGAGCUUAUAUACGACGGCAGAUCAAUAAUAUAUUUUACAGGUUUAUAUAUGAAACGGAACACCAUAAUGGAAUUGCAGAACUUCUAGAAAUAUUGGGAAGUAUAAUCAACGGCUUUGCAUUACCACUGAAAGAAGAACAUAAAAUGUUUCUAAUCCGAGUAUUACUCCCAUUACACAAAGUGAAGUCACUCAGUGUCUACCACCCACAGCUGGCCUAUUGUGUGGUGCAGUUCUUAGAAAAAGACAGCAGCCUUACAGAACCAGUGAUUAUGGGUUUAUUGAAGUUCUGGCCAAAGACUCACAGUCCAAAGGAGGUGAUGUUUUUGAAUGAACUAGAGGAGAUAUUGGACGUCAUCGAGCCAUCAGAGUUCGUAAAGGUCAUGGAGCCACUUUUCAGACAGCUGGCAAAAUGUGUGUCCAGCCCGCACUUUCAGGUGGCAGAGAGAGCACUGUAUUACUGGAACAAUGAAUAUAUCAUGAGUUUGAUCAGCGAUAAUGCAGCAAAAAUCCUCCCCAUCAUGUUCCCUGCACUAUACAAGAAUUCUAAAAGCCACUGGAACAAGACGAUCCAUGGGCUGAUCUACAAUGCACUGAAGCUCUUUAUGGAAAUGAACCAGAAGCUGUUUGACGAUUGCACUCAGCAGUACAAAGCAGAAAAACAAAAGGAGAAAUAUAAACUCAAAGAGCGAGAAGAGAUGUGGUACAAGAUUGAAGAGUUGGCUCAACAAAAUCCUCAGAUUGCAAAGGUUUACCCGAAUGAUGUCACUCCAAGACUCCCUGCUGGUGUACUUCAUCCUUCAGAAGAGUUUAUGGUGUACAAUGAGACCCCUGCUGUGAUGCCUUUAUAUUCCAUGGAGACAGAGACCCCGACAGCUGAGGAUAUUCAGCUGCUGAAGAAAACUGUUGAGACUGAGGCCACACAGGUGAUAAAGGAAAUAAAGAAGGAUAAAGUAUUGAUGCGUCGUAAGUCGGAGCUGCCUCAGGAUGUGUACACUAUAAAAGCCCUGGAGUCCCACAAGCGAGCAGAGGAGUACCUGACUGCCAACCAGGAGGCGCUCUGACAUGGGACCAGCCCUGCCCUCCCCUCUAGGGAAAGCACCCACCCUUCCACACCGUCUGCUUUCCUUUCCACACGCACGCACAGGCACUUGCAAGGAAAGAUAAUUCGUUGAGCAGUGUUUUCGUUGACCUGUCGUAUUGUCUUUAUCCUUGUGUUCUUACUGUUUUUGUUAUAUAUAUAUAUAUAUAUAUAAAAUAUUAUAAAAAAAAUCACCUUGUUGAAAAGAUUUCCUCUAUUCAUCCUUUUUCAUUUUUACAGUAUUCACUGUGAUUCAUAGUUGUCAUAAUGCAAACUUCUGAAAGUAGCAUUUCUCUAGUCUGCAUCUUGUCACUUUUAAUACAUUUUUGAGAAAACACAAAGCACUUGAAAAAGUUUGGUGGCUUCUUACCCCCACAGUUUUAUUUUAGAUUACAAAGUUUAAGCACUGCUUGUUAAUCUCCUUUCCAAACAGGUCUUUGUUAAAUUAGUUGUUCUUGGAGUUUCAAAAUAAGGCCUACUAUUCCAGUGUGUUUUGUUUUGUUCAAUUUGUGUUUAAUACCUGGUAUAAAAACAAUUACUUAAACAAAUACACUAAUAUAUAUAGGAGGCUAUGUGGUCCAGUGGUUAACGAAAAGGGCUUGUAACCAGGAGGUCCCUGGUUCAAAUCCCACCUCAGCCACUGACUCAUUGUGUAACCCUGAGCAAGUCACUUAACCUCCUUGUGCUCCGUCUUUCGGGUGAGACGUAAUUGUAAGUGACUCUGCAGCUGAUGCAUAGUUCACACACCCUAGUCUCUGUAAGUCGCCUUGGAUAAAGGCGUCUGCUAAAUAAACAAAUAAUAAUAAUAAUAUAUAUACCUGCCUGGAAUAGCACAUAUUCAAUGCUUGGAAACGUUUGGUCAGACAUAGAGAUUAGGGGUAUCUUGUACCUCGUUUCCAUGGAUAGACAACUCGAAUCGACUCGUGUGCUCGAAUUGGCCUGAAUUCUCCCUGAACUCGAGUUGGUGAAAAAGGUGAUGUUUCCAUGCACCUACCAGUUUGCAAUACAAUGCGUCUCUGUUAUCUUUAACACAAUCGCUUACAACCAAAAGUAAAGCGGGUUAUUUUUUACUAAAUAAAAUCAUAUUACAGAUAAUGAAAUAAUAAUUUUCCCAAUUAUUGCAAUUAAAAUUGUGUGUGUGUAGGGAGCUAUGUUCUUACUGAACAGUGUUUUUUUUUUUUUUUUUUUUUUUUAUUUAUUUAUUUUUUUCCCCCCUACAAUCCAGAAUCCUUGCUUCAUUGAAUUACGGUCCUGGGUUAAACGCAGUCUACACCCACGAUACAUGCAUCUGGCUCCCUGCUACAUAGCUUGUGCAUAAAUCCUGCGACCCGAAUGUCCUUGAUUCAAGUCCCAAAUAAUAUUGUUUAAAUUAGCAACAGUCCACCUAUUAGUUCAGAUGUUCACCACGAAUGCUAGUGUUCCACAAUUAUAUUGGUAAUACAGUGUUAACGUCUAUCACAGUAAUUUGUCUUUCCCGUUUAGCUUAACUAACUAUCAUUUACGGUCUGUUCUAUCGGAGUUCAACUAUAAAGAGAAAUCAAUCAGUCAUCAGCUGCGCUGUAUACUAUUGGUACAGUGAUGCACAAAAACUAAUAUCUCGCCUGUGCCUCUUAAAUGUAUUUUUGUGUUCUAUUUACCCUUCUCCAGAUCUAAUACUUCAGCUACAAACUCUCAGCCAAAGAAAUCGCAACGUAUUUCUGUUUUUAUUGUCAUCAUUAGAUGCCGCCCCGUUCUUUGAAUAAAAACUAUAAGUUGCAAGCAACUUGACUUCUGUCACAAUUCUGUCAACUUGUAGCCAAAAUAGUGUUAUACGUUCACUGUAUUCAUAAGUUUGGAUUUAUUCUAAUAACUAUUUUAUUAUUGUUUAGGUUGAGGUUCUAUGUAAGGUGUUAGUUUUAUAGAAUUGUACAAAACUGGGAUAGAAAACUUCCAACAUUUUUGAAAAAUGGAAUUCGGUCGCCAUACCAUCUAUUAAAUGAUUAAACCUUGUCCCCUACAUUUGUUUUCCCUCUGCACUAAAAGUAAUACUUAAGCAUACGGCAAUAUGGUUAUUCAUACCGUAUUUAUAUGAAAUGCUAUGGUGUAGUUUUAAAGACGUCUGAAUACGUUUUAAUAUAGUUAGCUAGUUAUUUACAUAGCCAACUACUUCUAUAUUUAUUUGAAUAUACAUAAAUCAGUAGCCUAGUAUCCCUGGUCAUUUUUAUCACAGGCUUUCGUUUCAGUAAUGUAAUGUCACUAGCAAUUACAGGGAUUCUCAGAUAUUUUGGAAAGAAACAGACACUGAGUGAUUUCUAAUCACUGAUUUGACACGACGUAGGAUAACUGAAGAACAGUUAAAUACAGUACAUCGUGUGUAAGUAGUAUAAAACGUUUUUAUGUUAUACAUGUGUGUGGAACAGGUGAAAUACGGGUGGUUAUGGUUGGGGGAUAAAAUAAGAGUUGGUUCUCUGACGCCCCACCACUGAUUUAUUAUUAGUAGAAGCAGUAGUUACUAGUAAUUAUUCUCAAUUAUUACUGUCCAAAUAUCCGGCAGUUAAAUUUUUGCUGGACUCGACUUGGACUCGAACUUCAGGGACUCUUUCUUGGACUCUGACUCGGACAGUCCUGGUCUUGGUCUUGUACUCGGACUCGGAUACUCCAGCACCUGACAGUUAUCUUUUUAAGUUCAUGUUUUUAUAAAUGGUGUGAAAUGUGAUUUUUUUAUUUUUAUUUUUUUUAAUUAAUAAAGGAAUUUUCCUGUCAGCAUAUUCUGAGCCAAUUAAAAUGUAACUCUUCAGUAUUUGUAAAAUCAUUGGAUUUGACUAGGACUCGGAUACGGUGGACUUGACUCCAACACUGAUGGGUAGAGAGAGAUAUAUGAGAGAGAGAUUGCAUGCGACAAAGAAAAGCUUUGUACUUUGUAUUAAUGUUUUCAUAUCAUUUUAUUCAGUAAAAAUGGGUCUCGCCUUGUUUGUUUUUGUCAAUCACGAAUCCAGGUCUGUAAUUACCAUACAACGGUAAUCUGCACUGUAUAAAACUGAUUUGAUUUUACCAGUGCUUGCUAGUCUAUUAACCAGUUUGAAAUUUUCGAAGCAAAGUAAGCAUUUUUGUUUUGGCUUUAUAUUAUAGUUUUCCUACGUCAAUACUGUCCUACAAUUACUGCAGUCCUUCCACUGUUAUGUUGUGAACCAUAGCUAUGUUUUAAAACUGAGAGAUAGCAAAUGUUUCUUUGUUCUCCAAGUUGCUGCGGUGCCAUUGUAGAUGCUAUAACAAGUUGUACUGUUUUAGCAGACAGAUUUCUUUAAGUAAACAUUUAUUUGAAUGCUUUUGAACAUGCCAAGUGAAAAACCCCAAUUCAAAAACCGUCAAAAUACCCUAAGGUAGCAAAUCCGCUGAAUUUAAUACCUGCCAAAAUGUCCUGUUCCCUCCCCCUACAGCAUUUCUGAUUGGCAUUUAGUGAUGUAAUUUCCUCCCAGCCCGAAUUCAGACUUAAGAAUUCAGGCCAGUCCGAGGAGUGAAAUCGGACCAGAGAAUUGGGAGCCAACUCGAAUCAUUUAAAAACUCAUUGUCGACAUAAAUUACAUUCAAUUCUCUGGUACAUUUACUGUGAUACUGCCCGGGAUUCAACUAGUUUGUAGAGAUCAAUGAAAUAUUGUCCAUCAAUUUAAAAGCAUUGACUUCCUUUUCCAGCACCCAUGGCAUUGUAAACUGCAUAUUUUUUUUAGCUUAUUCAGGAGUAAACUGCCUUCCACUCUACUUUUUUUUAAUUCCUUGUGCAAUGCAAAACUAGAAUGUAGUGUGUGUUUUAGACCGCAGUCUCAACGGCUGGAUCUGUAAUCAUGUUUAGGAGAGGUUUAAAAAAAAAAAAAAAGAAGAUAUAUUGCAGUAUAUUUUAGUAUAUUUGCUUGUAUUGUCUCUGUCCUAGAUUAUGUGGUGUACAGAUAAACAAAACAAAAAAAAAGCGCCUAAGCAAUAUAAAAAAAUUAAAAAAUUAAACAAAAAAAUUACAACCAUGCAUCAGGUGUAUGGGACAGCGCGGGGGAUGGGGGUCUGCAAGUGUUGCAAAUAUUUGUGCACUGUACACUAAUGUAUAUUGCUCCCCAAUCCUUCCUUUUUCCUGGCUUUGUCAAGACUACCGCUUCAUUUUUUUUGUAUUCAUUCCUUAUGAACCAAGCCACACUAAAUACUGUACCUGGAAUGUGAGAAUUGCUCUGCUAGCUAAAUUGCUCUGCUAGUUUUUGCUUUUGUAAAUCUAAUGGCCCCUUUGUUGACUUCAUGGCAUAAUGAAAAACACAAAAUCAAUUUUUUAAGUUGUGAACAUUAUGCUGGUUUUAUUCCUUUGCUUGUCCACAUAUGUCAGACUACACAAGUUAACAGUAAAAAAAUAGUAUAGACAGCUUCUAUGAAAUCUAAAGCGCUCUUUUUCUAAAAUGCUAAAUACAUCAGUGUAUAAGACUACUUUCAUAACUUAUGCCGACAGUUGGUUUUUUUCAUCUUUUUAUAAAUGGUGUGAAAUGUGAUUUUUUUUUUUUUAAUUUAAUAAAGGAAUUUUCCUGUCAGCAUAUUCUGAGCCAAUUAAAAUGUAACUUCAAUAUUUGUAAAACCAUUGGAUUUGUAUAAAAUAUUAUGUUAUGUAUGGCAAGUUCUCUACCUGUUUUUAUAUGUUUUUAAUUUUGUUGUUCCCUAGGGGGCCUGAUUUUAUUUCUAAAGUGUGCUCAGUUUGCAUUUAAAGCUAUCAUUCCCAAGAGACUGGUAAGCAAGAGAUCAACUAUGUUUAUUUGCGUGCCUUCCUAGAUAUAAGGGUCCCUUUUAAAUAGUUGGUACAUUCCUGCCGUGCUGAGAAAAACCUAGCUUGAGGUAUACAGAGCACAGCCUUACUGUGAGUGUACUGGUGUGUUCAUUUUCUCCAGCAACCUUAGAUGAAUUGGAGGCUUAGAGAAGAAAUGCUCUUUCCCACCUCCCUCCUUUCCCUUUCCCUUAAAUUCUGACACUAAUGUUAAGCUGCUUUCCAGGUCAUAUAUGUACAUAUGUUGUACUUUAUUUAGGUAGAGCAUUAUAUAGUAUGAAUGUCAUAUUUUGUACAGAUGAUCAUGUAUGUACAGAACAAAAUAAAAAGGGUCUCUUGAAAAAAUU